AACUAAAAGCUUAAUUCGGGGUAACUGUGGGCAUACAUACACAUAUAAGAUUCGGUCAUAGUUUACUGUCUUUCGCCUUCCGUUGAAUAUAAGGCACUGCCCUCUACUCUACAGUACACAAACUAAGUCAAACUUAUAGACUAUUCUGUCACCAUGUCCGACUCAAGCAGCAGCAGCCGACGAACAAUUCGCAACUACGAUACCGGCUUUCCGGAUGCCUUUGCUGAAUACACCACCUCUCUACGCCAUCCGGAUGCAAACAUUAGUCCAGGGGCCUGUAUUUCAGCCGAAGAUAUUGAUCCCUCCAAAGCACUACACCGGACGCAUAGAUCUUUCCUGGCAAAGCAUAAGCGUACCAUCGCUCACGGCAUAAUCGGCCAGAGUGGUACCCAACGCCAUUCAAACAAUUCGGCCACCAUGCUAUCUACGGUUGACAGUGCCGUCGAUGUGGGUGUCCUGAAGCGCACAGACACAAAUGGAAGCAUUGGAAAUUCAUCCAAGGAUGGGGCCGAGAGCAUCGACCGCAUGGAGGUGUCUACUAACGGCGAUUGCUCUCCGUCCUCCCCUACAGACGAAGAUGACCUUGCUGACGAUGGGCGGCAAAGAAUCAAGCUCUUCCGAAAAUGGCGCGUUCAGAAGGACUAAGUGAGUUGGGUAGGGAAAAUAGUAAUUUGCAACUUUGAAGACAUAGGGGCUCGACGCCGGGGGCUUGCUUGAAAAUUUUGGUUCCCAGCAUGGAGUAUGGCUCAUCAAGGAGUUUGGAGGUUUUGAAAAAUUAAGUAAAUUAGAAAAAGGGCUUAGGGAGAAUGGUUUGUAACUCUGGAUGCGUUUCGCUGGG